ACCACUACACCUCUCCCUCUCUCUCUUUAGCCUUCCCAGGGUUCACCGAGCGCGGCGGCGUGGCCCCACCCCAAUGUAGGCUCCUGCCCUAGGACAACGGAGACAACGGGAAUAUAAGAGUACUCUCCGAGGAGAAGACCGAGAAGAAGAAGAAGAAGACCAAUCCGCUUCGCGUCCUUUUUUCGCCUCCCAGCAGCGUGGCGGCCUCAGUGCUAGCUAAACUAAGCUAGCUCUGUGCUGCUAAUUCUGCUGGAUUUCCACGCAAAUGCGAAGAAAUGAGCGCGUGGAUUAUUCCACGCCAGCAUGCAGUGUGCGUGUACGUGUAGUGCGGGUGCACGUCCAGGCCUCAGAUCACUCUUUUUGACGAGCAGAUGCGUGCCUCAAAAACAACAAACCUCAAUUUUUCUCCUGUAAUUGUCCCUCGUAUUCGGCUUCCUGUCUCGGCCAGGGUGGUGGCGAUGUGAGGGGCCGAGAAUACAACAAGUAUUUUAUGGGAAGGAGAAACCCGCAAAAGCCGGAGAAAAUCCGAAUAAGUUGGCUGUGAAAGGAGGCAGAGAAGUGGGCCGGAAGUGUCACACAUGUUUAGUACUUCACUUCCUGGACGGGACCGUCGUCAAGUUGGAAAUGUUCCGAACGGAAGCUUGGAACCCAGCCGGGUGAGCGCCACACUCACGCCGAAUUACGCGCCCUGUCGCCGGCCAGAGUCAGACGCCAGCCCCGCGGUUGCUUGCCACCCUUCCCCUUGGACUACAAGUCAAUCUGGACCAGCCCUGGUACAGUUUUUCCUGCUAGGACCAGGACCUCGGUCUGAGUGAACCAUCUUCUUGGUCCACUUGUUGCAUUUGACACCCCCUAGCCUCCCCGUUUGGAAGCCACUUAGGACUUCUAUUAAAUCUGGACCAGCCCUGGUACAGUUUUUCCUGCUAGGACCAGGACCUCGGUCUGAGUGAACCAUCUUCUUGGUCCACUUGUUGCAUUUGACACCCCCUAGCCUCCCCGUUUGGAAGCCACUUAGGACUUCUAUUAAAUCUGGACCAGCCCUGGUACAGUUUUUCCUGCUAGGACCAGGACCUCGGUCUGAGUGAACCCUCUUCUUGGUCCACUUGUUGCAUUUGCCACCACCUAGCCUCCCUGUUUGGAAGCCACUUAGGACUUCUAUUAAAUCUGGACCAGCCCUGGUAUGGUUUUUCCUGCUAGAGCCAGGACCUCGGUCUGAGUGAACCCUCUUUUCGGUCCACUUGUUGCAUUUUCAACCACCUAGCCUCCCCAUUUGGAAGCCACUUAGGACUACUAGUCAAUCUGGACCAGCCCUGGUACGUUUUUUCCUGCUAGGACCAGGACCUUGGUCUGAGUGAACCCUCUUCUCGGUCCACUUGUUGCAUUUGCCACCACCUAGCGUCCUCCUUUUUCCCGUUUGGAAAGCAUUUAGGACUACUAGUCAAUCUGGACCAGCCCUGGUACUUUUUUUCCUGCUAGGACCAGGACUUUGUCUGAGUGAACCCUCUUCUCGGUCCACUUGUUGCAUUUGCCACCACCUAGCGUCCUCCUUUUUCCCGUUUGGAAGCCACUUAGGACUACUAGUCAAUCUGGACCAGCCCUGGUACAGUUUUUACUGCUAGGACCAGGACUUCGGUCUGAGUGAACCCUCUUCUUGGUCCACUUGUUGCAUUUGCCACCACCGAGCCUCCUCCUUCAUCCCGUUUGGAAGCUCCCUCCUUUGCUUUUUCCCUGCGGGAAGAUGGGUUGUUUGGGCAACAGUAAGACUGAAGACCAGAGAAACGAGGAGAAGGCCCAGAGAGAAGCGAACAAAAAGAUCGAAAAGCAGCUCCAGAAGGACAAACAAAUCUACAGAGCGACGCACCGACUGCUGCUUUUAGGAGCCGGAGAGUCCGGGAAGAGCACAAUCGUGAAACAGAUGAGGAUUCUCCACGUCAACGGCUUCAAUGCAGAAGAGAAGAAGCAGAAAAUCCAGGACAUCAAAAAUAAUAUCAAAGAGGCCAUUGAGACCAUAGUCACAGCCAUGAGUACCCUGACGCCUCCUGUGCAGUUGGCGUCUCCAGAAAACCAGCACCGCAUUGAGUACGUCCUGAACCUGGUCAACCAGAAGGACUUUGACUUUCCGUCUGAGUUCUACGAGCAUGCCAAGACUCUGUGGCAGGACGAGGGCGUCAAGGUGUGCUAUGAGAGAUCCAACGAGUACCAGCUCAUCGACUGUGCACAAUACUUCCUGGACAAGGUGGACAUUGUGAGGCAGAGCGACUACACGCCCUCAGAUCAGGAUUUGCUGCGGUGCAGAGUCCUGACUUCAGGGAUUUUUGAGACCAGAUUCCAAGUGGACAAAGUCAAUUUCCACAUGUUUGACGUGGGCGGCCAGCGAGACGAACGCAGGAAAUGGAUCCAGUGCUUUAACGACGUGACGGCCAUCAUCUUUGUGGUGGCCAGCAGCAGCUACAACAUGGUGAUCAGAGAGGACAAUCAGACCAAUCGUUUACAGGAAGCCCUCAACCUCUUCAAGAACAUCUGGAACAACAGGUGGCUGCGAACCAUUUCAGUCAUCUUGUUCCUCAACAAGCAGGACCUCCUGGCAGAGAAAGUGCUGGCAGGAAAGUCCAAAAUCGAGGAGUACUUUCCAGAGUUUGCUCGCUACACAACACCUGAUGACGCGACACCAGAAGCUGGAGAAGAUCCUCGUGUCACAAGAGCAAAGUACUUCAUCAGAGACGAGUUCCUGAGGAUCAGCACAGCGAGCGGUGACGGCCGCCAUUACUGCUACCCACACUUCACCUGUGCUGUGGACACGGAAAACAUCCGCCGUGUCUUCAACGACUGUAGGGACAUCAUCCAGAGGAUGCACCUGCGGCAGUAUGAGCUCUUGUGAUUGGACGUCACCUACAGGACAGUAUGAGCUCUUGUGAUUGGACGUCACCUACAGGACAGUACGAGCUCUUGUGAUUGGACGUCACCUACAGGACAGUGUGAGCUCUUGUGAUUGGACGUCACCUACAGGACAGUGUGAGCUCUUGUGAUUGGACGUCACCUACAGGACAGUACGAGCUCUUGUGAUUGGACGUCACCUACAGGACAGUGUGAGCUCUUGUGAUUGGACGUCACCUACAGGACAGUACGAGCUCUUGUGAUUGGACGUCACCUACAGGACAGUGUGAGCUCUUGUGAUUGGACGUCACCUACAGGGCAGUAUGAGCUCUUGUGAUUGGACCUCACCUACAGGACAGUACGAGCUCUUGUGAUUGGACCUCACCUACAGGACAGUAUGAGCUCUUGUGAUUGGACCUCACCUACAGGACAGUACGAGCUCUUGUGAUUGGACGUCACCUACAGGACAGUACGAGUUGUUGUGAUUGGGCGUCACCUACAGAACAGUAUGAGCUCUUGUGAUUGGACGUCACCUACAGGACAGUAUGAGCUCUUGUGAUUGGACGUCACCUACAGGACAGUAUGAGCUCUUGUGAUUGGACUUCACCUACAGGACAGUAUGAGCUCUUGUGAUUGGACGCAAAGAGAUUUUGGCCAAAAAGACCCAAAAAAGGAAAAAAAAAAGCAGAACAAACUUGGGAACAGUCUUUGAACUCUUCCAUGGACAUGCCAAAAAGACACUUGGGGACGGACACACACGCACACACACACACAUACCUACACAAAGUACAUGAUGCCAACUUCCCCUUGCUGCUAAGUCCACUGUGAUGGGUGUGUCUGAAGGGGCGUGGCCACUGUCCUGUCACACAUGUCCUUCCUGUAGGAGUGGCUCCAUGACAAAACAUGUGAUGUCACCGUUGGACUGCAAGCAAGUGGACGCACACACACACACACACACACACACACACACACACACACACACACAGCAGUCCUUCCUAUGACAUUUGCAUAUCAGGAUAAUCAUUAAAAAAACACAUCAAACGUGCGUUUACUGGAUUGGGCAUAAACAUCAAACAUAUCCAUGUUUUUUCUUGUUGCUUUAAGAUGAAACACUCAAACUUUUGAAAAGAAAAAAGGAGUGUGGGUUUGUUGAGUUAUUUUGUAAGAGGAAGAAUUCACAGUUCUUUAGGUGAACUUGUCCUUGGUUGUUGUGUGUCAGCUCUGGUUCUUGUACAGAGUGUGUCUGCCUUCACCACUGUACGUGUGUAACCAGCUCAAGUUCUGCGCUGUAUUCACUAGCUGGGUCAAUGAUUUCUUGUUUCUUCCUCUGCAUCAUUUACAUUUCUAUUUUUGGAUCAUAUUUCCCCUAAAGAGGCUGAAUACACGACAUGUAUACGGCUUUCAAGAGAAAGUAUUUUACUAGGAAUCCAAUUGUACACGCGACAAGUGUGCUUCUAAGUUAAACUCCUUCUACUCAA